UCAAAACUGGAUCAACAGACACGGCAGCGGCCAGUUCAACACGGAAUAGAGGAAACCGGUGAUGAUGUAUGUCAGACACAAGCAGAACCUUCAGGUGAUCCAGGAAGAAACUUUAAAAGUCCUGACCAGUAUUGGACAAACUCUCAAUGGGGGACCGUUUCAGCGAGUACAGCACGAGACCAAGACCAGAUGACCUCUGUAGGGGAUGAUUAUAGCAACAGUGAGACUCUUGUAGCAGCAAAUACAUCUAUGCAGCAGCAAAAUAAUUACUGGAACAUGUCAGCCACCAAUGCAGAGGUUAUGGGUUGCGUGACAUUACCAGGAUCCACUUCACAGAUGACAUUACAGGAGGAACCACCAACAUCACAGUCAGAACCUUCUGUGGGAGUCAAAUCUCCUAUCAAACAAAAACAAAAAGAACAAGUAUCAAAGCCUGCAGGAGGUACUCACAGCUGGUUAGGAGGAAUCUGGAACAGAUUUUCCCUCCGGCUAUCAAAUCAAAUGAAGCUGCCUGAUGAUAAAAAUCCAUCAAUAGUGUGGGAUCCAGAUAAGAAAAGGUGGACAGAUGUAAAUGGAGAUGGUGGUGAAGUAAGUGGUGACUUGCCACUACCACCUAAAACCUCAGAAUUGCCCAUAAUGGCAAAGAGUAUGUCAGUUUCAGGAGGUGAGGGACCUGCAUCUAGAUCAUCUGGUUCAAAUGUGUUCAAACUGAAUGGACCAGGGAAAGGAAGCAAGGCGAAGUAUUUAGAGGUGUUGGAAGGAACUAAAACCUCCAAUCUUGCACCAGAUAAUUAUGCGCCAGUAAUACCACCACAAGCAUCGGUGAAGUAUUUAAUACCUGUCCCAGUUGAAAGCAGUGAUGCUCCAACAGAUUUCUUGACAUCAGCCGCAAGUAGCACUUAUGAGCAGACAGCUGAACAGUCACAUUUAUCUAGGUGGAGUUCUACUAGUUCCCUCUCCAGGGAAGUGCAGAAGUACACCAUGAGAUGGCAGCAGAAUAAAGCUAUUCAGGGUAUUGCAGCGUAUCCAGCACCAAUGAUGUUUGAUCCAGCUAGCUUCACUCAAAAGGCAGGUGUAGGCACGAUAUCAAAUUCCCUGAAACGCUACCCCAAUUGAUACUUAAUUGCGUGUUAAUAAAUAAAUUUGCAUUAUCUAUAUUAAAAUUUGUGGGGGUAGGAAUUUUCAGUUUGUUACAAGACAGUGGAAUGAGUCAAAUAUAGUAUGUUAACAUGUAAGUUUCAGCAGACAAUUUUGUUCUUAUUCUCAGUGUGAAAAUUUGCUGUUAUAUUAAAAAAAGUGUAAAGUAGGCCUACAUUUUUCCAUUUAAUCGGUUGUUAUACCCUAUUCUUGUUACAUAGCAAUUUUACACUUUGUGUGAUAUCAGCCACAACAAGGGCUCAAAGGAAACAAUUGUUUCAGGAACUAUCUUUUCUUCCAUCAUCAUGGCUGGGGAGGGAGAUGGUUCCAGAAAUGUUGGUUUCUUUUAACCAUUUGAUGAGGUUUUACAGUGUGGAUGGGAGAGAUUUAUCAGUUGCAGACUGUGAAUUUUGUAUCGUGUGUAUUAAUACUUUGUAGCUCAACAUCAUAGACACCAGUUCAUGAAAAUUAUAUCUGUACCACAAAGGGUUAAAUAUCGAAGGAAUUCUUCAUAAUUUAUAAUAAAAUGUUCAUUAUGUUGUCAAACCAUGUUAACAGAUUUGUUUUUAAUAUAAUUUACCAGGUUAUAUAACAGUUUAAUUUCCUGAAGUAUUUUACUUGUGAAGAUACAGUUUUGUGAAUCUAUAAUGAUUUUUUAUUUCUGAUAUUGGUGCUGCAUUGUUGUUUCUGUAGUAUUUAUACACUGGAUAUUGUACUGUAGAGGGUCCUUUUCAUAUUUCUAUGUUGUCCAUUUAAUAUUUCUGUCUUGUUAAACACAGAAUUUGCUGAAUCAGAGUUUGGUUCUAGUUUUAUUUCAAGUAGACUUCAUAAUUUUCUGACUGAAGUUUGGGAUAAUGAAAGCUCACAAUUACUUGGAUGCUUUACUUCUUGGUUCAUUUAUCAACGUUUUUUUUUGUCAUACUUGUAUAUUGUGAUGUAUCUGUUCUGUAAUAGUCUGAAAAUAUAGUACAUUUACUGUCCAUAUGGUUUCUGGAAGUAGGUUGGGUCAUGUUGGUACAGGAAUGUGGGAGUGUGGUAUGUUGUGAGAAUUCUGCUCUGUUCUGUAUAUUGUGUAAUACAUUUCCUCACAACAUAUAUAAACAUUGCCCAUAACAUUAUUUGUGCACUUUAUCACAUCAUAUGGAGGUGUUGGCCAUUUAUGAAUUAUAUACAGAUAUUAUUGGGCAUACUUUACCAUCAUUAAUAAUUUGAGUAUGAGAUCAUAAGAUAAACAGUGAGUUUCUAGUGAAUAAUGCAACUCAUCAAGAUAGCAUACAGGACUUGCCAAUUUUGAACAAGUGAAUCUUAAGAGAUAUGAACAGUGAAGAGAGUUUUAAAGGUAUUAUCAACAUUUAUGCAAUUAUAUAUCUAUGUCAUGUAGGAAGUGUUGCCAUUUUAUUUGAUUCUGCAAUUUAUUUUGAAAAUUUGGAUUGUUGCAUAUUAGGGUAAGAACAAGAAGAAAACUAACUGUAAGUUAGUGGUAAGGAAAUCAAGCUGUGAUUAGUGACUGAGAAUUUAUUGUUGUGUUACUAUACCCAGUGGCUCCAGCAGCAGUUGUAGGUGUGCAUGUGUGUUGAAUCUGUUUUAUUGAGUGAAUGGCUCCCCAUAUUCAGCUUCCCUCAUCCUUUCUACAAUAAUAUGUAAGAUAAGUAUAUUGCAGUUUCAUUCCUUGUAGUUAAAACAUAAUGCAUGUCUGAAUCUUUAAAAGUGUAUCAUUGAAAAAUAUUUUGGUGAAACAGAGAGGUGCACAGUAAAAUUCCAGUAACUAUAAUUAAUUUUAUAUUAUGUAGGUAUGCAAAUCUCUCAACAGUUCAAGCAUUUGGCACUCUUGUGUAUUUGACCAUAAAACAAUGAAUGAAGAUUUUUUUCCCAAUUGUAUAACUUUGAGUGACUAUAAAUAUCUAAAUUGUGUGUCUCAUGAGGUAUCGGUGUACAUAAAAGUAAUUAUAUUAUUAAUUUGUGACUAUAUGGCAUAUAAUGAGUAUUAUAAUGGUAAACCUGGGGAAAAGAAUCUAUUAAAUUGUGUUAUUUGUUGGAAAGUGGA